AGCUUCCAAACGUAAACGUCCCUCUGGGACCCCUGCUGAGAUGUGUUUCUCCCAGCCAGUCCCGGCGCAGGCGAUGUCUGGUAUCAUGUUGGCCACUGAAGCACAGCUGCAACAACAGCAACAACAACAACAACAGCUGCAGCAACAACUUCAGCAGCAGCAACAGCAGCAACAACAACAAACCUUCUUUCUACAGCAACACCAACAGCAGCAGCAACAACAACAACACUUUACCCAGUCCAUGACUCAGCAAGGCGCAAUGCAACAACCGACGCAGCACGUGCUUGUCAGCGGUGGCCAACUCAUGCCAUCGGGCCCCAUGGUCACUCUCUCUAUGGCUGCUUGUCCUGGGGGUAACACAAUCCCCGUUCAUCCCAACGCUCAAGCAGCGAUGGCGGCUGGCUGUUACGCAGCCCCUCAGUUUCCAUUCUCCACAGGGGCCGGUGGGACUCCACAGCAGUUCUUUAUUAGCCCUCAGCCGCCGGGAGCAGCUGCAGGCGGUCAAACCUUUCUGCAGUGGUCUGCAGCUCUUGGAGGUCAACCGACUCCCACGGUGCACUUCCAGCAACAGUCCACACAACAGCCAGUUGCUGCCGCUUGGCAGGCAGUUUCCGCCAUGAACGCCGCCCUAUACAACCCUCAGCAACAGCAGCAGCAGCAACAGCAACCGCAGCAGGUUAACGGCGGCCUACAAAGCCAGGCACCGGGUACCUCGACUGCCACCACCUCAGCCGCGGUUGCUGGACACCAGCAGCAACAACAGCAGUCUCCACAGCUCCUCGCUGCCCAUCAACAGCAACAACAGCAGCAGCAGCAGCAGCAACAGGCCGGCAUCCAGCCAGCUGCUAUGCAGAUGACACAGCAGCACCAGCAGCUCUUCUUUUCUCCACAACAUCCGAUGGGGUUGCAAACAGGAGGCGCAGCUCCAGGUUAUCCUCAACACAUUUACUUGGCUCAAGCUCCCACAGGCGUUCCUGGGACUGCCGGUGCAUCAUAUCAUCUUCUUCCCGUGGGCUGCCCUGCUUCGAACUUCACCAGUCUGUUCUUUUCCGAACAACAACAGCAACAACCGCAGCAGCAGCAACAACACACACAGCAUCAACUCACACAGUGCUCUGCGGCCGCUGCAGCAGCUCAACUCCAGCGAGCAGCAGCGCAGGUACAACAGAUACCAACCCCACAGCAACAAGCGCACCAGCAUCAGCAGCAGCCGCAGCCGCAGCAACACCAGUCACUUCAGCAACAGUUCCAUCCACAACUGCAACUGCAGCAGCAGCAACAACAACAUCAGCAUGCUUACAUCCAACCACAGCACGCCGCAAUUAUGUCAGCCGAUUUAGCGUCUGCGCAGACAGGCGGUAUUCCAGCUCCCGGUACACCCACCCAAUUCAUAACGCUCACACCCGGUGCCCCACUCAAGGUGAUGACUGUCGGCCCCAACGGUCAACUGAUCCAAACAACUGGUCUGCCUCAGUUCAUGCCUGCCGCUGGUAUGAGCAUCACUCAACAACCCGCCAUGCAAUCUCAACAAGCAACCACUGUUCCUGCGUCCACUGCGCAACGGCGAGUGGCAACCCCACAGCAACAGCAGCCGCAGCAAGCAAACAGCCGAACUGGUACUCCAACGGCAGCGUUUUUCUCCGGGAACGCUGUACCUCCUGGCACAAUUCCCCUGGUACAGACUGCAGCUGGAGGCGAAGAAAUGGUGCCUAGUUCGGGGUCUGUGAAUCUGUUAGGUGCCACAGACGAGAAGCUGGUGUACACAGCCCUGUAAGGCCACACGGAGGGCCACUCACUCCACACGUCGUUUUAUUCCCACUUCAUUCACACGGCCUGUGACGUCCAAGCGUAUGAUAUGCAUUUGUCGCGCACCUGUAUAUCAAAAUCAAAAAUCUAUUUUAACUUGACUUCCUACCGACCACGACUCUACCCAGUAACUGGACUUGUACAGAGUUUUAUUAUGCCGCACCGAUCUAUUCCCAGUUUUAGUCCCUCGAGACUCAUUUGCAAUCCGCUCUUCGGAGGUCCUUACUCGAGACGGAAACUGUGUCCUUCAUUCCAUACAUGCUACCUGUGCCCUCAUGCAUUCACACUCUGAACCCACAUUUUUUCUUAGCAUUUCGCUUUUCUUAUUAUUUUUUACCUAACUCCAUCGUCGUGUGUCUGUUGAAUUGACGAGCUCCACCCUCUCUUUUGGCGUACGUGCAUGCGCGCGCGCGCUCUCAUCUUGUCCAGUUGUACAUACUCACACACACACACACACCUCUUUUGUAUGUAGUAUUUCUUUUCAUUUUUUCUCACGACAACUGAUCUGUGUCUCUUGCGCGUUUUUGUAGCAUACUUCGUGUAUUUUCUGGAGACUCUGUAUUCUAUGGAUAAAAAACCGACUGUUU